AUGCCGCGAGCAGCGCACCCUUUGACGCCCGCGUCGUCAACUGACCUCAAAGGUCAAGAUGGAGUCAAGCAGCUAGCCUCACUGCAGAUGGCAUUUGAGCUCCCACCCCCGGCUAUCACCAACGGCAAGCCUCCAGCAAUGGCGGGUGCCUUCCAGACCAAUGCCACAUCCUCUCCACCCGCACCUUCACCUGAGUCUCUAUCAAGUCCGAAACAGAGCCCUAGGAAAACUCCCUACCCUUUGCAAGCCAGCGAGACGGUCAAGUCCAGACGCAGAUCUUCGGUUGUCCAGGCCCAGGCCGCUGCGACGGCCGUGGGCGCUGGAGGCAAGAAGGAUACUUUCGCACUCCCACCACCACCUACCAGGUCACGCAAGAUCAUUCAGAUGAAGCCAAAGGCGACUGGAGGAUCGAAGACUGAGGACAACGACCAACCGGAGGCGGCAUCCAAGGCCAAAACUGGCAUUUCAAAAUCAGCAGCCGACUCUGAUAACACGGAAAUAUCAGCCCCGCCAGCGGCUACCGGCGCCCCGGUGGCGACCAAGAAAAAGACUCCUUCAGCAACCAGUGCCGCAGGUCGAAAAAUAGCGAGAAAGACUGCACACAGUCUCAUCGAGCGGAGGAGACGGUCCAAGAUGAAUGAAGAGUUUGCCACGCUGAAGAACAUGAUCCCGGCAUGCACGGGUGAGAUGCAUAAGCUGGCAAUUCUGCAGGCUUCUAUCGAUUAUAUUCGUUAUCUUGAAGACUGCGUCUCCAAGCUCCAGGCCCAGAGGGAAGACCAGUCUACCCCUAUGGAGCUCGCACCACCUCCGACAGCCACUGCGUCGUAUGAUGACUUUGAAAUGGAUGAGGAGGAUGAGCAGCACCAUACGCCAACAGGAGCACGCACUCCAUAUGAGACAGUUCUGACGCUUACAGGUUCGACAUACAGUUCACCAGAUGUUGAGAUGGGCGGCGGUUCAGAGGUGGUUUUAUCGCCAACCUUUGGCGGACAGCAACCACACGCACAACACUAUCGGUAUCAUAAUUCCGGGCCAAUACAUUCUGCAUCAAUCUCGCCCGCACUCAUGGCACAGGACUCGCAUCGGCGGGACAGCACAUACUCGUCAGCAUCAACAAUAGCCGCCGCGGCGCUGACAACGGCAGGGAAUCACGGUCACGGUGGACGGCAUUACAGCUUUGCGUCAGCCACGUCGGCAACACCAUCACCAGCAUUUGGACCACAGGCAUAUCCCACGAGCGGAUACUACUCUACGUCAAGACCGGGAUCGACGCUGACCAGCCCGGCGCUGGGGCCUUUGAGGGAUGAGCAGGAGGCCAGUGCGGCCGUGUUACUGAUGCUCAACAGCGAUCGUCGUGGCAGUACCGCAGCCAGCACGGGCUCAUCGCCGGGCUCUCAAGUACCCCCGCCGGCGGGGGUGAGGGGAAUGAGUGUGAGGGAUCUGCUUAGCAGCUGA